AUGCCUCGCAUCUUGUUCGUCAGCGGUUUCCAUCCCUCUACUCGUGCUCGAGACUUGGCCUACGAAUUCGAACGAUUUGGUCCCUUGGUUCGAUGUGACGUCCCUGCCCCCCGCAAUCCCCACGCAAGCUCCAACCCUUACGCCUUUGUCGAGUUCCGUCAGCAACGUGAUGCUGAGGAUGCGUAUUACGAUAUGCAUGGGAGAUACUUUGAGGGUUCCCGUCUGAGCAUUCAGUGGGCCAAGAACCCUCCGUCCUCCGUGUGGCGCUACGAGAGACGGACCUCUCCUCCUCAUCGACGUGACCGCUCCCGGAGCCCACGCCGACGUGACGAUAGGGAUGAAAGAGCUGAAAGGAUGGACAGAGACAGAGGAGACAGAGAUAGAGACAGAGAACGCCGCAGGAGGAGCAGGAGCCCGGACCGGAGGCCACGUAGUCCAAGCCCCGAACGCAGGCGUGAUGACAGGGCGAGGACUCCACCCCCGCUCGAAUCAAAAUAUGUCGACCCCAAGCUCGAUGAUCGUGACCGUGACCGUGCGCAGACCCCACCAUACGAUCACUAAAAAUAACCAGUACUCGCUUGUCGCUUACUCUUAUGUACUGGUUUGAACUGUUUUUGUAGCCCCAGAUUUACGUAACUGACCUAUUUCUUUUUUGCAAUGAAAAAGAUUGCCCUUGUUUCAGUGGCGUCCUUAUCAUAGUUCC